AUGCCCUCCGCAAAACUCCUAUUUGGGCCCAUGCUCAUUGGUGUUUUCUUCAAUACCAUCCUGUAUGGAGUCCUGGUAGUUCAGAUGCUACUGUACUUUCAAACAUAUAAGGACUCUGCAUGGAUUAGACAUUUCAUACUAUACCUACUUGUCCUUGAGACAUGUAAUACCGUGUUUGACAUUGCCAUGAUGUAUGAGCCAUUGAUUCUGAAUUUCGGUACCCCGGACGCAAUCACGUAUUUCCCCACAACGGGUGGCAUAUGGACGUGCAUCACCGUCGCUACAAUUCGCGUCUUCUCUCGCAAGCCAGAAUUGCACUGGCCCGCAUUGACGUGGCUCCUUGCAUCCGCCAUCGCGGAUGCUCUCAUCACAUCGACGCUGGUGUACAGUCUGUACAAAAGGAAGACGGGAUUCAAAGAUACGGACAAUGUCAUUGAACGGGUAAUACGAUUCACCAUUCAGACAGGGAUGAUAACUGCGUUAUUCGCGAUACUGGAUGUCGUCUUCUUCCUGGUAUCCCCACACACAACACUAAACUUCAUAUGGGACCUCGCACUAGGCAAACUGUAUUCAAACGUCUUAAUGUCAACACUGAAUUCCCGUACUGGAUGGGAUCGGAUUGCUAACCCCCAUGCAAACCACAAUGUCUUGUUCGGAGACGAAACGUCCACUUCGCUUGUGAUAACAAACACCAGAUUUCAGUUCAGAAACUCUCGUAAAUCCAUCAAUGAAAUCAAUCCACAGCCUUUCACUGCAGGUCAGUUUGAAAUGGAUCCCGAGCUAUCACACGUCGUCGGAAGAAUCAAUCCACAACAUGACAUCCUUGAUCUGUCACUGAAAGGAAACGCGUAA